AUGAUGUCUUCUGUUGGCCCAACAGUUCUGGACUCUGAUGAAGUUCCAUUUGUGGCAGUAUGUACACGUGGUCAGAGAAGUAUAAGGAUGCUGACUCAACGCAUGAUUCACAACUUUUGCGCUGGUGUUUGUACAACCAUUCACAAGUGGAAAACAAUACAAUUGCCAGAUGGAGAAGAUGCAAAGUUGAUGAUAAGGAAGAACAUUAGCGACCCUGGUGAACCUAUUGGUUUAGUGUUGAGUGCUACAAAGACCAUCUGGUUGCCGAUGGAACAACAACGUUUGUAUGAAUUCUUAAUGAAUGAACAAACGAGGAGCCAAUGGGAUGUCUUGUCCAGUAGUGGUCCCAUGCAACCAAUGCUCCACAUUUUCAAGGGUCAAAAUUUUGAUAGUAGCAUCUCUCUUUUUCGUGCUAACGGAGAUGACACCAAUGUUGAUCAACGAAAAAUGCUGAUCUUGCAAGACACUUGCACGGAUGCAACAGGAUCCCUUUUAGUGUAUGCACCAAUUGAUUGUCCAGCAAUGAAUGUGGUGAUGAAUGGGGGAGACUCUUCUUCUGUGGCUCUCUUGCCAUCUGGAAUUGCAAUAGUUCCUGAUUAUUGUAAAGAUAUUUUUGGGGCUAAGGACUGCAACAAAAGUUUUGGGAAGAAAGAUAAUUGCUUUAGUUGUAGUGGGUCAUUGGUGACUAUUGGUUUCCAAGUAUUAGUGAACAGCUUUCCUGCCACAAAGCUUUCUAUGGAGUCCGCCAAAACAGUAAAUAAUCUCAUCUCUUGUAGAAUUCAUGGUAUCAAGACUGCUCUCAAGUGCAAAUGA